AAGCAAGAAAUGAUACACAAAUUUCAGAAUUUCUUCUUAUAGGAUUUUCAGAGAAAUUAAAAUUGCAAUUUUUUCUCUUUGGGCUGUUCCUGUCCAUGUACCUGACCACCAUGCUUGGGAACCUGCUCAUCAUCCUGGCCACAAUCUCAGACUCCCACCUCCACACCCCUAUGUACUUUUUCCUCUCCAAUCUGUCCUUUGUAGACAUCUGUCUGGUCUCUACCACUGUCCCAAAGAUGCUGGUGAACAUCCAGACACAGAGUAAGACCAUAACCGAUGCAGGCUGCGUCACCCAGAUGUGCUUCUUUUUAUUUCUUGCAACAUUAGACAUCUUCCUCCUGACUGUAAUGGCCUAUGACAGGUGUGUGGCCAUCUGUCAUCCUCUGCACUACAAGGUCAUCAUGAAUCACAAGCUCUGUGGGCUGCUGGUUCUGAUAUCUUGAAUCAUGAGUGUCCUGAAUUCCUUGUUACAAAGCCUAAUGGUGCUGCCACUGUCCUUUUGUACACACUUGGAAAUCCACCACUUUUUCUGUGAAAUUAAUCAGAUAAUCCACCUUGCCAGUUCUAACAUUUUUAUUAAUGACAUGAUGAUGAAUUUUGCAGCGUUGCUGCUGGGUAGU